AUGCGGCCCACGGACAUCGACGAACUACUGCGAGAGACGGAGGCGACAAUUCUCAGCUUGACGCAAACGACGAAGGACGACGAGGAGGAGGAGAGGCUGAAGAACGACCUGGAGAGCUUCGGCGAGUUCCAGGGGGAGUGUGAGAGGCGCCUGGACGACCUGGAGGAGGAGGAGGAGGAGGAGAAUGGUGGAGAAAAACGUGGAAGCGUGAAGAAGAAACGAGGAGGAGGAGGACAUGAGGAGGAGGAGGAGAAGAGGGGAAGAGGAGGAGGAAGAGUCAAGGAGAACGUUGAAGAGAGGAUUGAAAGAAGAAGAAGAGAAGGCAGGGUUGAAGGGAAGGGAGAGAAGAGAGGAAUGCUCGAUAUCAAGAAGGAAGAGGAAGAGGAGGAGGAGGAGAUGAAGAUCGCCGAGAAGUCUCUCUUGGAAGUUGCAAAUGACCUCACAGAACUUCAGCAACCACGAUCAGAGGGACCAUCUGUCAGACCCAAAUUACAGCUGAUUCGUCGGAAGUCAUCAGAUCCUCAAAGUAAAAAUGCAACAGUUCAUCCCUUCGCCAGCGGCCAGCCAGUGACGGAGAAGCCCAGAACGCCUGCGUCCCCUCAAAGCAGAUUCACCUUCACCUUGGACCUGGAAAAAGAGCUGACCAACCUCAUCGAUUGUAUGUUCCUGCUGGGCCAGACGAGCGACGGUGUUGACUCCAAAGAGACCACCACCACCACCACCACCACUCCUACUACUCCUACUGCUGCUACUCCCACCACUCCUACCUUUACCAUUCCUACCACUUCUACUCCUCCUCCUCCUCCUCUUAACACUCCUCCUCCUCCAAUUCCUACUGCUCCUACUCCUCCUCCCACUCCCAUGACUCCUCUUCCUAACACUCCUACUACUCCCACUACUCCCACUCAUACUCCAACCACUCCUACUACUCCAACCACUCCAACCACUCCAACCACUCCAACUACUCCUACUACUCCUACUCCAACUACUCCUACCACUCCUACUCCUGCUACUCCAACUACUCCUACCACUCCUACUCCUGCUACUCCAACUACUCCUCCUAUCCCUCGUCCUACCACUACAUACAUCAUCACCACUCCCACCAUCAACACCAGCCCUUCACCACCACCCUCGCCAGCCGACACGCUCACCUCCUACCCCUCCACCUCCACCCUCACCACCACACCACCACCGCGCUCCGCCCACUCCAUGCACAGUCAGGCGUUCAUCUUCCCCCCCAACACCCCUUCGACCCCCGUUCCUCAGUCACCAAAGAACGAGGGCCAGGCAAACCACCGCCAUUUCUCGUUCUCUGGGGGCUCGAACGUUUCCCAGUCACCCAAGAACGAGAGGGAUCAGGAUAACCACCGCCAUUCCUCGUUCUCUGGCGGCGCGAACGUUCCCCAGUCACCGAAGAACGAGAAGGACCAGGAGCAUCAUCGUCAUUUCUCGUUCUCUUCGCUCGUCGGCGGCGUUAAGAACCUGGGCUGGAGGAACAGUCUGAAGAGGAAGAAGAAGAAGAGGAACUUGGUGAUCGGCGAACCGCAAGACUUCAGAACGUUAAAAGGCACCACGAUCCUCAAACCCAACGACGACCCAACGCUCUCCCCGACGUAGGAACGGAGGGAACGGCGCGCGGAACGGAGGAGUGCGACAGGGAACGGCGGAACGGGAAAUGGGGCAGUGAACGGUGGUAAGGAGAUAAUGGGACGCAGAACGGAGGAGUGGGAUAGGGAACGGCGGAACUGGGAACGGAACAGUGAACGGUGGAAAAGAGGUAAUGGGACGUAGAACGAAGGAGUCGGAUAGGGAACGGCGGAACAAAAGGUGGAGAGACUGAGACGCAGAACGGAGGAGUGGGAUAGGGAACGGCGGAACAAAAGGUGGAGAGACUGAGACGCAGAACGGAGGAGUGGAACAGGGAACGGCGGAACGAAAGGUGAAGAGGAGAGACUGAGACGCAGAACGGAGGAGUGGAAUAGAGAACGGCGGAACGAAAGGUGGAAAGGAGAGACUGAGACGCAGAACGGAGGAGUGGAACAGGGAACGACGGAACGAAAGGUGGAAAGGAGAGACUGAGACGCAGAACGGAGGAGUGGGAUAGGGAACGGCGGA